AUGGAUGACACUAAACUCUACUUAGCAAUAAAAUCCGUCCGUGACGGUUCGAAACUUCAGAGCUUCAUCACGUUUUUUGAAAAUUUAUGUACUGAUUAUGACUUAUUUCUGAAUCUCGAUAAAUGUAAAAUUAUGUCUUUCUGUAGAAAUAAGUGUCCGAUACUAUUUGAUUAUGAGAUUGAUGGUGUUUCUAUCAAAAGAGUUAUCUGUCACAUGGACCUAGGCGUUACAUUUUAUAAUAAACUCACCUUUCAGCCUCACAUUAAUAAAGUGGUGACUGGCUCUUGGAAGAUGUUAGGGUUUGUCACACGUCCUAGUCGUAACUUACAUACCACUAAGGCAAUGAAAAGUAUCUACUAUUCACUAGUCAGAUCUCGUUUAGAGUAUGCAUCGAUUGUAUGGUCUCCCAUAUAUGAUGUCUACUAUAAUAAGAUUGAUAAAAUCCAAAAGAAAUUUCUUAAAUUCCUCUCGUGGAGGAUUGAUGGAGUUUAUCCUGACCCUGGGUCGGACUACGUCAACCUCUGCCGUAAAUUCCGUGUACUUUCCUUGGGAGAUCGUCGGCUAUGUGCAUCAGCCAUGUUUGUUGCGCGUUUAGUUCAAGGAUAUAUUGAUUGCUCACGGCUUCGUAGUUUAAUAAUGUUCAAGAUGCCAGUGCUUAGACGUGGUCCACCUUUUCAUCUUCCAAUAGCCAACACCAACUUUGCCACUUCUGCGCCUACUUAUCGUGUGAUGGACGCAUUUAAUAAAUUAUAUAAUUCCAAUAAUAAUUUGGAUGUCUGGCUAAUUCAUAAUAUAAAUGCUUGGCGACGAUUA